AUGAAGGUUUCAUGCUUCGGUGAAUAUGAUUACGAAAAGUCAGUUCAUCUGAGAAAAGCACAUCAUAUUAAUUAUGGUUUUGAUGAGAUAGACGUCGAACAAAGCACAUUUCUUCGCAUGGCAGACUACGCUCGAGAAUUUGAGGAUAAACACGCCCGACUGUCAAUGCCACUUUUGGAUGCUUGCGCUUUGUGGUGGAAAAUAAAAUUUGGCUGUCAUGAUGCAGAAGGAUCUAUCUCAUGGGAAGUCAUUCAGUUUGGCGAUUUAUUUGUCACUAUCUUGACAGAUAUCUGCCACUCCACCCCAGAUAGUUUUGUACCAGCAGGCCAACAGCGACUGGGAGACGGACAGCUGCCUUCCCUGGGUCCAGAGCAUGUGACACUAGAGAAUGCAUAUCAGUUUGUUCUUUCAUUACUGCCAAGUCAAAUGACAGACGACUCACCGUUCUUCGGCACGACCGACCCAGACCAAGUGCGUUCUUCUAAUUAUCGUCUCAUUGAGAACGCUUCUAUUUUCAUCAAGAAACUGGCUUUCCUAGCACCAUUAUUUGGGGAAAUUCAAGCCAUGAAAGCCAAAGGAGAACAAGAUGUUUACCACAAAACGCCAACUAUAUAA